AGUUUCUAUGUGGGGUCAGUGUUGCUUUGAUGUGGGAAGGGAGAUGUUGAAGACAAGGGAUGUGGGUCAAAUGGACAGGUUCUCAGUCGGCUGGAUAUCACUAGUUACUGGAAUGAAUCUGUAGAGAGCAGGGAGUAAGAGGUCAUGGCGUGGGCUGGUCCUGUGUGAGCAGGAUGAAGCUUAAUCUUUAUAAUUGUGAACUACCCAGAAGAGAUUCUGUAAAUUAACCGUAUUUGUGAAUAAGUGAAGCAACCUUCAAAAGAAAAAAGAACCUGAAAUUGCAGCGUAAACAAGUGAUUGCAAAAUAAUUUCAAGAAGUGGAAGUCAUGUGUCCAGGCGGUUGACUUGAGUUUAUUAAAAGUCCUGACUGUUGUCGGACAGCGAGACUUCAGAAACUAAAUGCAGUUUGGGUCUGGUGAAGGUGACAUAAUGGACAGAUGGUGCAUUCUAGCCUGCGGACUUCUCUACCUGCUUUCAGUCAGUGAAUGUACCAUUGAAGUCUAUUGUACUGUGGGUCAGAACGUGACUCUGCCGUGCAGAUAUGAUGCCAAAUAUACUGGGCCACAGCACACAUGCUGGGGGAAAGGAACCAUACCAAUGUUGGGUGGUUGUAGUGACCAAAUCAUCUCGACUGACGGGACUAAAGUGACAGAUAAAGUUUCGAGCAGAUAUCAGUUAAUCGGUGACCUGAUAACAGGGGAUGUGUCUCUAACCAUCUUCAAUACUUCUGAGAAGGAUUCUGGAAUUUAUGGAUGUCGAGUGCAACACGGAGGAUUGUUCAAUGAUGAGAAAUUUGAAGUCACCUUGACUGUGAACAAAACACCUGCCCCUCCAACACCCAGGACAACAGAUAAUGUGACCAUAACCACGAAGACCUGGGACUAUCACACACACGAUUAUAUGAACAGCAAUUCUACUCUGUAUUCGGACACAUUCACGACACAUCACAUGGAUCUGAAGCCGAUUGGAUUCCCUAACCAAGUUGGGAUCCUCGUGUCCAUUCUGCUGAUUCUGAUAGGCAUGGUGAUUUUAUCUGUUCUUAUUUGGAGAAAGCGAUGGAAAAGAAUGGCUAUACCACAGAACUCCGUGCUGCUCACACGAGAGACGGCGGUAGAGAACAUCUAUCAAAUAGAGCAGAAUGACAGAGACGACUAUGAGGACUGACUGUGAAGAUGUGUGAGCACCUUCACCACACGCAUGCGUUAAACACUACGCCACGGACGAGAUUACAACUGCCGGUUUGAGUGGCUGUUCCAUCGAGCUGUCUGAAAAUGUACCCGCUAUCUGACUGUAAGUCGCUCUGGAUGCGUGUGCCCUGAUUAUGUAAAUGUAAAAAGUAGCGCAGUAGCUUCGUACUUGGACUAUCGAUUCAGCCGGACAAGCUGCUACAUGAAAUGCAUGUUUGAAUAAAGGCUUAAUAAUAUGUCUGGCUACAUUCAGAAUGAAUUCAACAGAAUUAACUGAACACUUGAUGAUGGGGUUUUUUGUAUGUAAUAGUGUUUUGGUCCAAAUAACCGAAUCUGACAACACAUCUGAAUGUGACAGUUCUAGCACCUCUGUAACCAUGACAUUUAGCCACACCCAUUGGCUCUGUGGCCCAGGCAUACUAAUGCAGAUACGUUAAAUGUCAGACAAAACCACAGUGUUUCACUGAAGUUCAACUUUGUGGCAAAGUGUCUUGUUCAAACCCCGUGCUAUGACAUAAUAAUAAAAAACGCACUUGAAA